AUGAAAUUGGUUGAUAUUCUAUUCGUAUUGAGUGUAGCAGCAGCCACUAAUGCAAUACUGAUACCGACUAAUAACGAUGGCUCACCCAAAGCAUCAAGAACUUUGAGUCAAGUGUCUGGUCCAACCAAUGAGCCCAGUCCAGGCACUUCCAAUGAAUACCAGGAAGAACCAGUGGAUUUAAGCCUUUCCGGCCGGAUCCGGCAAGGGAUAAUGGAUCAACCCGGUCCAAAUAUUCCUAAUCAAAACCAGCGACCGACUGUGAUUGUAUUUGGUCCAAAUGUUCUCAAACAAGGCCGGAAACGCAUAAUUGAUGUAAUCGAUUUAACCACUUUCGACCAAGACCAACAACAACCAACUGAUGUAGCUGGUCCGAGCACUCCCAAACGAGGUCAAACACAACCAAUUGAUCAGUCCAGCCCAAGUACUUCCAACCAAAACCAGCAACAGCCAAUGAACAAAAUCGAGCCAGGCAAUACUAGUUCAAAUCAAGUGACUGGAUUGAACAAAAGAGAUCAAAAUACCUUUAAUCGUAUAAAGAAAAGGCUUGUAGAGUAUAAAGAAUUACGAAACAAAAAACGCAAAGAAUAUCAUAAAUCUAUGGCUCUUGGAUUGAAACAAUGGUCAGCGUUAGCAAUGGGAGAAGAGAUUUGGAUUGAUGAUGUGUCGAUCAAUUUGAUUUUGAAUAAAUUUAAACUUUCUGAUGUGUUGGUAUUUGUCGAAUAUUGUGAAUGGGUCAACAAUCAUAUCAUUGAUUGUGUAUACUGUGUUGAGUAUUACAUCAAUAGUUACUGGAUUGUUGAUUGA